AUGAAGUACACAGCGGCAUCCUUGACGACGAUCGGCCUCUAUGCCACCUUCACAGCUGCCCAGCAGUGCACAGCAACCAUCUCCGCAUCAGGAUAUCCCGCCCCAUCACUUGCAAAUGGCUGGUCCGCACACAUUAUCGCGAAUGGCUUUACCAAACCUCGAUCACUGAAGCUGGACAAUGAAGGUAAUAUGCUUGUUGUGGACCAAGACGAGGAAAACGGUGGUGUUUACAGGGUGAGCUUUACUGGCCAAGCCCCCUGCUUGGUCGAGUCCAAUCGCUUUCAGGUUUGGAAAAAUGGGUCGCUGAACCACGGUAUUGAACUUUCACCAGACGGCAGCACUCUUUAUGCGUCAAGUCAAGACGCAGUGUAUGCGUGGCCUUAUGAAGCAUCAUCAGGCGCAAUUGGAUAUGAGAAACGUGUGAUUGAGCUUGGUGGAAGUGGAACCCACGCAACGAGGACCCUUCUCCUUCCUCCCAAUGAUCCCGAUUUCUUGCUGGUGUCCUGGGGAUCUAACGGUAAUGUUGACCCUCAAGCAAGGGACCCCACAUCAGGAUAUAGCAGCAUCAAAGCGUUUAACAUCUCCGACACAAGCCGGGUGUGGAAUUAUACCACGGAUGGGUUGCUUGUGGGCUAUGGACUGCGGAAUUCUAUUGGCCUUGCGCAGAAUCCAAUCACCGGCGGUAUUUUCAGUAAUGAGAACAGUGUCGAUAAUUUGUUCCGUGAUGGCGUGGAGAUUGUGGAAGACAACCCUGCAGAAGAGCUGAACUUUCAUGGUUACCUCAAUGGCACUGAUUCACCCAACUUCGGUGCAUAUUACGGAUAUCCUGACUGCUUCUCAGCCUGGGACGCCGAAGCUGUGCCCGAUUACGAUGAUCUCCAGACCGGACAACAAUUCGCCGCAAACUUCAACGAAUCUGUCGACGAUGCCUGGUGUCGUGAGAAUGCUGUCAGUCCUGUCCUCAGCUUCACAGCCCAUAUGGCUCCUAUGGAUCAAGAGUUCAACACCGCAGGCACAGUCAUGUACAUCUCUUUCCGUGGCAGCUGGAACCGUGAAAACCCUGCCGGCUACAAGCUCGCUGCCAUUCCUUUCAACCCAGCGACAGGAAUGCCUACGGCGGACCCCAACAGUCGCGAUGGGUAUUUGGAGAUCAUGGCCAACGAAGACGAGAGCAAAUGUCCUGAUGAGUGUUUCCGACCCGUGGGGUUGGAGUGGAGUGCGGGGGGAGAACAGCUUUUCAUGGCAUCCGAUGCCACAGGAGAGAUUUAUAUCGUCUACCGUGACGAUGGAAUGCCUGUUGACGACUUCACUGUGCCUGGUUCUGAGACCGAGGAUGGAAAUGAUGAACAAAUCGAGCCGGCGUCUCCGACUCCUUCUGAGACCGAGGAAGGAGACGACGAACAAAGCGGGCCAGCUUCUCCUACUCCUUCCGACGAAAGUAGCGCUGUUACCUUCGCUAAUGGACAGUGGUGGGUGGCAGCUGCAGCUGCAGUGACCAUUGCAUUUUUUUCCUGA